AUGAGUAUGGAAGAUUAUGACUUUCUCUUCAAAAUAGUUUUAAUCGGGAACGCUGGUGUGGGGAAGACCUGCUUAGUGCGACGGUUCACACAGGGACUUUUCCCACCGGGCCAAGGAGCCACCAUUGGGGUUGACUUUAUGAUUAAGACAGUGGAGAUAAAUGGCGAGAAAGUAAAGCUGCAGAUCUGGGACACAGCGGGGCAAGAAAGGUUUCGUUCCAUUACGCAGAGCUAUUAUCGCAGUGCCAACGCGUUGAUCCUGACCUAUGACAUCACCUGCGAAGAGUCCUUCCGGUGCCUCUCCGAAUGGCUACGGGAAAUUGAGCAAUAUGCUAGCAAUAAAGUCAUCACCGUCCUAGUUGGAAACAAGAUUGAUUUGUCCGAUAAGCGAGAAGUCUCCCAACAAAGAGCUGAAGAGUUUUCCCGAGCCCAGGAUAUGUACUAUCUGGAGACGUCCGCAAAAGAAUCCGAUAACGUGGAAAAACUGUUUUUGGACUUGGCUUGUCGGCUGAUCAGCGAAGCGAGGCAGAACACCCUGCUGAACAAUGUGGAGUCUCCCUUGCCGGGCGAAGGGAAAAGUAUCAGCUAUUUGACUUGUUGCAAUUUUAACUGA